UUUUAACUGCGAUCUUUGUGGCUGUAAAAGUCUUUGUAAGAGUGUGUCAGCCAUGGCUCAGGAGGCCUUUCCCUUGCAUUUUUACGUCUGGAACAAUCAGUACAUAGAGCUGGACCGAGAGCUGCAGAAGAAAGAACAGGAUGUGGAGCGCCUGGAUCCACGGGGGCGCACCCCGCUGGAGCUGGCUGUCUGUCUGGGUCACCUGGAGUCCACCCGGGUGCUGCUCAGGUACUCUGCUGACCCGACGCACUGCAACGCGCAGGGCUGGACCAUCUUGCAGGAGGCGGUGAGCACUGGGGACCCAGAGCUGGUGCAGCUGGUGCUUCAGUACAGAGACUUUAAACGAGCUACAGAGAGACUGGCGGGUAUCCCAGAGCUGCUCAGCAAACUGAGACAGGCGCGGGACUUUUACGUGGAGAUGAAGUGGGAGUUCACCAGCUGGGUACCCUUGGUGUCUAAGGUUUGCCCCAGUGACGUCUACCGGGUUUGGAAAAGCGGCUCGUGCCUCCGUGUUGACACCACCCUACUGGGCUUUGAACACAUGACUUGGCUGAAAGGACGGCGCAGCUACAUUUUCAAGGGUGGAGAUAACGGAGCCGUGGUGAUGGAGGUGGACCACGAGAAGCAGGUGGUGUACACGGAACCGCUCGUGCUGUCCCCUCGUGAUGCGCCGUCCCUUCUGGCAGCCAUGCAGCCGUCGCAGGAGAACACGGCCCAGAGGCUCACGUCGCCCAUCGUCUCUACACACCUCAACACGCGCAACAUUUCCUUUGAGCGGAAUAAGUCGGGAAUCUGGGGCUGGCGUUCUGAGAAGACAGAGGCCGUCAGCGGUUACGAAGCCAAGGUUUACAGUGCCACCAAUGUGGAGGUGGUGACCCGCUCGAGGACGGAGCAUUUAUCAGACCAAGACAAGUCCAGAAACAAAGGCUCAAAGACUCCUCUUCAGUCCUUCCUGGGGAUUGCAGAGCAGCACACGGCUCACAACGGGAGCAACGUGUCCCAGUGUGCCAGUCCUCACAACCCCACGGCCAUCACAGCCGAGGAAUACUUCAACCCGGAGUUCAACCUGAACGGCCGGGACAUCGGACGCCCCGUCGAGCUCACAAGCAAAGUGCAGAGGUUUAAAGCCACACUUUGGCUGAGUGAGACACACCCUCUGUCCCUGGCUGAGCAGGUGACGCCCAUCAUCGACCUCAUGGCCAUCUCAAACGCUCACUUUGCUAAACUGCGGGACUUCAUCACCCUGCGGCUCCCACCAGGCUUCCCUGUGAAGAUAGAGAUUCCUCUGUUUCACGUGUUGAAUGCCAGAGUGACGUUCAGUAAUCUGUGUGGCUGCGACGAGCCGGUCAGCUCUGUGAUCGUUCACCAGCCAGAGAACUCUGGAGAACUAGAGAGAACUCAGGGUCAGCUUCCCUCUGACUUCCAUUGCGAGGUGGACCCCUCGGUGUUCGAGCCCCCUCCAGAUUACACCACCCUCGGGCCGGGCCGCAGCGAGCCGAUGAGGGACGAGGACGACAACCUGCUGCAGUUCGCCAUCCAGCAGAGUCUGCUGGACGCCGGCACCGAGAGCGAUCAGGUGACCAUCUGGGAGGCGCUGACGAACAGCCGCCCGGGGCCGCAGUCUCCGCUGAACGAGGAGGACUCUCAGCUGGAGAGGAGAACUUCUGGCAUGAGCUGUAAUUUAAGGGCGAUCCAGGAGUCGCUCUCCAUCUCUCUGGCCAGCAGAGAGGGAGACGACACGGCCGACCCCAGCCUGCCCCCCUCCGUGUCCCCGCGGGACCCCGCCUCCAACUCGCCGCUCUCCUACAGCGCCGCUACCAACCCGAGGCUUUCCGGCCCCUUCGGCGUGGCGUCCAACUUCGACGAGCAGCUGCGGCUCGCCAUGGAGCUGUCGUGCAGGGAGCAGGAGGAGAUUGACAGGAAGCGUAAGGAAGAAGAGGAGGAGCUGGAGAGGAUUCUGCAGCUGUCUCUCACAGAGAAGUGAUGCUGCAGGUCCACACUUAAUUUAUUCCGUUUUAACUUUUAAAUCCCAAGACAUUAAUUUAUUAUUGCAGAUAUUUUAUUUGUUUUUGUCACAUGAAGGCUGCUAACAUGCACAGACUGAAAGGAACUGAUGUAGGCAAUGGGUUACUCUGAAUAAAAUACUGUACACUUUAAGUGAAGGAGAUGACAAAAAGGGAGCUUUUUUUCUUUUUUUUAUUGAAUAUUUUUCACAGUCUUGCUGUUUUUGAGUGAUGAAUGAUCCUUAAGCUUAUAUGAUCCACUACACUGACAAAAAAUACAGUAAAACAUAAUGAAAUAAAAAAAAACCCUUCUAAGCAUUUAUGUUGGAUUACUCCUAAGUGUGGAAAAAUAAAAAAUAAAGACAAUCUUGGAUUAUUA